AUGGCACGAUAUACUGUUGGAUUACCAUGGUUAAUAUUAUUCGUUAUAUUACAGUUGGCUUUUGUUUCUACUGCUAUAUAUUUGUAUUUUACAGUGGAUUUUGAAGUGAUUUUUAAAAUUGAAGUAAGUUUUUAUGUGAAUAUCGUGUCGCUUUGAUGUUUUUUACUUUUAAUUGAGGUAUACCUUGGUAUGGUUGUUGUGUUGUUAAAUAUCUUAGUCUUUAUGCAAUCCUUAUUUCGUGGAUCAUUUAACUAUAGUCGCGACUAUGUUUAGGACUACCAAAUCGAAUGCGCAUUUGUUUUGAUAACUUCAAUAUUGUUGUUGAUCAAUUUUCAUGUUCAAAUUUGCUCGUUACGACGAUUUUCCAUUGGUUUUUGGGAGAAACGCACAGGAAUAUUGGUGAUAAUGCUGUGUAAGUUCUUUAUUUAGUAAUUUUAGGUAAUAUUAUUGAGAAAUAUGUUUUUGGAAGAAUCAUCACUUAUCAAGAACACAAAACUUGUCAGAUUUAAAUCAAUAAAACAAAAAGAAAACCGAAAUGUGGUGUAUAUUAACGUAUUUUAGCUGGACUAAUGUCGAUUGCAUUCCUAAUAGUAUUUUUCGCGAGAUUAUUAUUGUUUCCAACGGAUAUUAUCAACACAUUUGCUUUAUUGGGAAGCUCUUCAUUUGCGGUUAUUUGGCUUGGCGCUGUAUUGCAGUAUUAUAAGGUAUGGUAGAUGGUGUUGUGGUAGUGUGAAUUAAUAUUCGUAUAUAUAUCUACAUCCCCUUUCAAAUUGAUAUACUAGUGAAAUGGUUGUAACGCGAAUAAUGUAGCAGAUCAAAGUAGAUUUUUUAGUGUACAGUAUGAUAGCUUCUCAAAAAAUGUAAUUAUUAAGAUAUACGACUACGUGGACGCAAUGGUAACAUCUCAUAACGAUGUAGGUAUCCCUUUGAGUCGUGAAGAUGCUCGUGAGAUAUGUAGACUUCGAACUUAUGAAUCAAUGUUCAUGAAUGGACCUUCUAGAAUUUCUCGGCUUAUCGGAGUCAAUUAUUUUGCUGUAGGUCAUAAAAUGUAUACUUAAUAUUGUUUUAGUCGUGUUAUAUUGUUUUGUCCUGUUACUACUGUUGAGUUUUGUCAAUUUGUGAAUCGGUCAGCCCAUGUCGUCAAAUUAGGAUGUAAUGUCGCCAAAUAUUCGAUAUAAACCAGCUUUUUUUGUAGCAAGCAGAAUACUAUUUCCUAAUGCGCGUAGUAGACGGUCUGGAACGUUCCUUCUACUCUACAGACUCGGGCAAACGUGAAUUGGUAGAGAUCAUGGAUGGAAUUAAACAACGUCUCAAGUUCUUCAAUUUGACCGAGAUGGAAUGCUACAAAUAUGACCGGUUGGCAAGAAAGUUUCCGCAUUUGAUCAGCCCAUCAAAUGAUCCGUACUACGAAUAUGAUCGACGAGUGGCUGGAAAUAGUUACUGUACCAACAGUAAGCAUGCGAUAUAUGGUGAAGGAUGCUACAGUGGAGGAAGGGACUUCACCAUUAUAUAG